UUGAACUGCAGUUUUGAAAACAACUGGUUUUUCACCUUGACUGUCUCCUUAUUCAUGCAAGUGAUUAUCUUAUAUUUAAUCUUAUAUAUAAUCUCCUGAAACACUACAAACUUGUGCUUAAUGGUAAACUAGUGACUGCAGGAGCAGGACUGAGUAAAACUGGCUUAGCCACCCUCUGCUGGCCAUGAAGUCACUCAGACAGGAGCUCAUAUUCUGUUCAUUACGGUAAUCAGCCCUGAAGAACACAGGACUUUCAGGAAGUGGACGUUCCCUCAGAAAUCUGCCUUCAGCUCCACAGCAGAACUCAGACGCCUUGGACAGUGAGCGCUGUCUCUCCGUGAGGUUCCUGGGGUCAGAAACCUGAGAGAGAUUGACCUCUCUACUCUCUGACCGCAGGAAUGAAGCCACUGGCUCUGCUUCCGACAGAUCUGACACCCGGUGAGGAGUCCAGGGGUCGCUCCAGCCGUACUGUUCCGAGCUUGGAGAACCGUAUCCUGGCCCAGGCCUCAUCCAUUCUGUCCCAGCCUCUUUCCUCAGCUCCAGCACGACCAGCUCCAACCUCGUCCAUCUCCUCCCCCUGUCCAGCUCUCCAGCCAUCCCGACUCUCCUCCACCCAGCUGAAGCAGGAUCUCUUCCAGUUCCCCUCUGUCUCCUCCUCUCUCCGCCCUCCUCACUCCCUCAGCACUGCACUGCAAAGCACAACGCCCCCUGCUGGAGGGCUUUCUGCUGGUGGGGUUUCUUCCAGUGGAACGUCUGUUGGAGGGCUUUUUUCUGAAGGACUUUCUGCUGAAAGGCUUUCUGAUGGAGGGCUUGCGCCUGGAGGGCGUUCUGGCGGACUUUCUGCUGGUGAGGUUUCUGCUGUUGGACCUUCUGCUGGUGAGGCUUCUGCUGGUGGACCUUCUGCUGGUGAGGUUUCUGCUGGUCCUGACGAAGAUCAGCCAAGUCUGGUACAUAGAAAGAGAGUUUGGAAGCAGGUGAGCCUGUGCUCCACUAAAGAUGUCCAGUCACGUAAUGAGGAGUUGACCAAGGAUUUGGACAUCCAUGAGGGUCUGGUGGAGAUGGACCAGGCGCCAGAUGUGGAGCUGAGAGUGACUGAAGAAGAGGAGAAGUGGACGGUGGAGCUCAGUGAAGAAUUUAGGGUGCCUGAAACCGAUUUUAGUGAAGAAGCAGAAGCACUGAAGGAUAAGAAGUAUAAGCUGCUGAACAUGGUGUGCUGCUCUCUGGUGAGUAAAAGCUGCUCUCCUGGCCAGAAGGGCUGGAACAAGAACAAAAGCGUGUGGAACAAGAUCAGGAACCUGGCAGAGAUGAUCAACUCCAACGAUCCGGAGUUUCUUCUCAAGGUGGCCGUCUACACUCGGCAGGAACUUAACAAGCGCCUCAUGGCCAGCUUCCUGCUUGCUUUGGCCGCUCACCUUCCCGGCUCCAAGCCGCACCUGAGGAGGUACUUUUGUGCAGCAGUGCAGAUGCCGUCUGAUUGGCUGCAAGUGGUGAGGAUCUACAGCACGUGUUUCAGCUCAUCUCUGCCCACAUGCCUGAAAAAAGCUCUGGUGGACAAAUUCAAGCAGUUCAGUGAAGGUCAGCUGGCCAAAUAUGGCAAACGCAGCCGGAGGAAGCGCAGAGCCACGGAUUUUCCUCCUGACCAGAGCAAGAAAUGGGCAGACCUCCUCAGAACAGACCACUCAAACCUGCAGAAACACUUACAGAGGGAUCAGAGUGAGUUCAGCAUGCAGAAGCUGAUAAAACGUCUCCACAUCAAAGAGCCCGCAGAGUUAGUCAUGAGCAUCCUGGGGAAGAAGUACCCUGCCGAUGCGAAGGUGUUUGAGCGCAGUGGUCUGAGUGGAGUUUGGCAGAGUGACCGCGCCGGUCAGAGAAUGAAACUCAAACAGCCGGACACGUGGCAGACCACACUGAGCCGAGAGGGAAACAAGGCUGCUACCUGGGAAAAGAUGAUCGACAGGAACUCUCUGCCGUUUGUGGUGAUGCUAAAGAACCUGAGGAACAUGAUCACUCAGGGCAUCAGUGCCAAACACCACGACAAGAUACUGAAACGACUCACAUCAGAGUCGGCUGUGAUCCAGAGUAAACUGCUCCCUUUCAGCUUCCUCGCCGCAUAUAAAGUCAUUAUGCAGCUCAGCAGGUUUGUUGACUCUACGCCGGACAGCCAUAAGGUCAUCCUGCAGGGGAUUGUGAAGAGGUUUCGGAAGCGUAAGGCCUUUAAGUAUGUGGACUGGACAUCGGCCAGUCGCCGGAGGAUGCGAGCAACGCUUGGAGUGCCACUCGUCUACCGUCUCUACAAAGUGAAACGCAGACUCCUGCAGAGAGCCAGCCAGAGGAAGUUCAGUCAGGAGCUGCUGGAGCGAUACCUGCAGGCUCUGCUGAAGGCCGUGGAGAUUUCCUGCAGAUACAACAUCCCCCUGAUACCCGGACGCACCCUCAUCUGCCUUUCUGAUAACUUUUAUGACAACAACUGGAAACAGGCUGGGGAGUUCUUUCUGCCUCCAGACCCCUCAGAGAAGGCGGAGAAGACCCUCCCAGAACCUUCAGAGGACACAGAGAAGACCCUCCCAGAACCUUCAGAGGACGCAGAGAAGACCCUCCCAGAACCUUCAAAGGACACAGAGGAGACCCUCCCAGAACCUUCAGAGGACGCAGAGGAGAACGAUUCAACACUUGCAGGGCAGCAGGCAGCUAUCCUUUUGGCCAUGCUGUUGAGAUACGGCUGUGAGCACUCGCAGGUCCAGUUUAUGAGCUACAGCGGAUUUCACGAGGUGGAGUUUAAGUCUGACAACUUUUUGGAGAACGCGUGGCACGGAAUUAAACAGAUGAAGACAUCCUGGAAGGAGGAGCUAAAGUGGACAUCAUACUGUAACUUCUUCUCAAAGUUGACUGCAGACAAAACAAAGGUGGAUAAUAUAAUCGUGGUGAAUGAGUACUGGUUGGAUUCCACUUUAGAGUCUGAAGUGUACAGAUACCGCAAGAACACCAGCAGUGACGCUCUUGUGGUUUACCUGGUGCUCAAACCAGAUGGGGACGACAGUGAUGACAACCAUGAUCCUCACGUUGUGUAUCUCUCGGAGUUCAGUAAGCAGAUCCUGAAGUUUGUUUCAGAGAGAGGUUCCUCCAGGCUCUUGGACCAUGUGGAGAACAUGGACAAGCUGUAUGAGAUCCCUCCUCCAGCCGGAUUCAGAGACAAACCAGAGAGAACCACAGACGUCGUCCCAUUGCCUGCCACUCCAAAGCUCAGGUGGCGAGAGGUGCGUGUGGUCAUUUCGUCGUCGUUGCGGGACGUGUACGCUGAGAGGGAUGUUUUGGUGCACUCUGUGUUUCCGGAGCUGCGGCGCCGUGUGGCUCCACACUGCCUCUACCUGCAGGAGGUGGAACUGCGCAGUGGUUUAUCAGAGGAGGAGGCGGCUCAGGCCGUGGAGCUUUGUCUGUCAGAGGUGGGCCGCAGUCAGCUGCUGCUGGGGAUUCUAGGAGAGAGAUACGGGCCGGUUCUGCCUCAGCCUGCGCUGACCAGUCAGCCUCAAAACAGCUGGCUGAACUCCGCCCCCUCUGGGCUGUCAAUCACAGAGAUGGAGAUCCGUCAGUUUCACUCUCUGUAUCCCGACUCUGCUCAGAGACGCAUGUUCUUCUACUUCAGAUCUCCACACCUGGUCAGCUCAGUUCCUGUGGCGUGGAGAGCGGACUUCACAGCCGAGUCGAGAGAAUCAGAGGCUAAAAUGGACGAGCUGAAGGAAUGGAUCCGGACAAACCAGUUCAGAGUGACAGAAAAUUACCCGUGUGAGUGGGGGGGUAAGGGGGUGGACGGACGGCCCUGUGUGAAAGGACUGGAGGAGUUUGCGAAGGCUGUGGUGGAAGAUCUCUGGGCAGCUUUACAGGAGCUCUUUAUGGAGGAAGUAAACGAGGCUGAUGUGACGUCGGAGAUUACCGAACAAGAAGUUCAUCAGGAGGCUCAGCGCCGACACUUCCACGGCAGAGGGAAACUGGUUUCCAUGGCGAUAGAGAAAGUUAAAGAGUGUCAGCAAAAAGGAGGAAUCCUAUUGGUGGAGGGGCGCCGUGCAGAGGGCAAGACCGCUUUCAUGGCUGUCGUGGCUCAUACGCUCUUAACUCCAGACCAGUCGAAGAACAAAGCUCCUCUGUGUGAUGUCGUUUCCUAUUCCACAGCUGCUAGCCAAUCAGCUGGCAGCGUCAGCCAACUCCUACGCUGGCUGGUCCAAAGACUGAGGAAGAUGAGGGGCGAGGAGGAGGAGUUGACUUCCAGCACAUCUUACAGAGCCCUGCUGUCCGAGUUCCACCUGCACUUGUCCGACCUUAGAGAAGGUCCACCCCUGGCCGUCUUCAUUGAUGGGGUGGACCUUGUGCAUGAUGCUAGAGGUCAAGUGGUUUCUGAAUGGAUACCUGAGCACCUUCCCAAGGGAGUCUGUCUGGUCCUGAGUGUCACCACAGAUUCAGCCCUCCGUGUCGCUCUCAGUAAGAAGAAGCGCUGCGUGUUGUUUCCGCUUGGGGAGUUAGCCUUGACUGACCGCAGGGAGAUCGUGCAGGAGGAGCUGGGAGUGGAUGGAGAGGAACUGAGUGAUCCAGCGUUCAGUAAACAGCUGCAGACGCUGCUGAUGAAGAAGGGAGCCGUCAGUCCACUUUACCUCCGACUGGCCUGUGAGGAGCUGAGGAGCCUCUCUUCACUGCAGAAGAUGAAGGACAGUCUCCAGGCUCUUCCUCACUCUCUGUCCGAGUUGGUGCAGCUCACUCUGCUCAGGCUGCAGUCUCAGUUUGGGGCAGCAGGGCUGGACUGGACACUGGCCGCUCUGACCGUCAGCUCCACCGGUCUGAGGGAGAGAGAUCUGUACCCUCUGCUGAAUCUGUGCAGUGACCUGAGAUCCACUCAGCGCCCCCCAACAUGGCAGGAAACACUACAGCUGGCCAGGAACCCAAAGAGCCGAGUGCCGAUGGCAGUGUUUUACCAGCUGACCCAAAAUUUACGAAGUUUGAUCCGGCCGUCUGUUCCUCACGCACCGGACGAGCUCCUGACUCUGACCAAUGAGGAUGUGCGGUCAGCUUUCCAACAACUUUACGUCUCCACAGAGGAGGAGCGAACCAGAGCUCAUCUGAUCCUGGCAGCUCACCUCUGGAUACGAUCGGAUCCUCACGGGAACGACACCUUUAUUCACUGUGACGUGGACGCUCUCACUCACCUGCUAAACCACCUGAUGAAGUGUGGUCAGUGGGGGCCUGUGCGUUUCCUGCUGUCCAGUUACUACUUUCUGUAUGCUAAUGUGCGGCAUGGACUCCUGCGCCCCCUGCUGGAGAACUUUGCAUUGUUUUUAAAGAGAGAUGAAGCUCACAGACCCUUCACAGAGCCAUCAGGUGACUCAGGUGAUCUUCAGCAAUGUGCUGAUUUCCUGAAGAGACACGCCCCCCUCCUCACUGAUUGGCCGGCCUUGUUUGUGCAGCAGGCUCUGAACGAAGUGGACGGUUCUCCGGCUCAAGUCUGGGCUCAGAAGAUGAUCCAGCAGGGAGGAGUCAGAGCGCUGAAGUGGCUCAACAACACUGAACACACACUCAGACAGACUGGUGACCUGGUGUCCAGUUUGCUCUGGACUCCGUCCUGUGUGGCGGUCAGUCCAGGGGGAGGACGCGUGGUGGUGGGGACAGAGAAGGGCACUCUGCACGUUUUCCUCUCUAAGACCUUACAGGAAGUGAAGUCACUGGUCAGCAGCUGUGAUGGCAUCUCUGGCUGCGUCUUCCUGGAGGAGUCUGUGGUCUGUAUCACCUUGUACAGCGGUCAGGUGGAGGUGUGGGACAUUCACUCCGGCUGCAGGACGUCCCGUCUGAAGGUCCACUCCAGCAGAAUCACAGGUUGUGAUGUCAGCUCAGACAGGAGACUCUUUGCGACCGUCUCUCUGGACUUCAGCCUGAAGGUGUGGUCAUCCCGUGGGCUCCAGCAGAUGGCGUCUCUCCUCCAGCCCUCCCCUCCAAACUGUGUAACCUUUGACCCUAAGGGUGGGCUGCUGGGGGUGGGCUGCUGGGACGGAGUGGUGAGAGUUUGGGACUGGAAGAGACGAGAGAACCGUGCGACUCUCUCAGGUCAUCACUCGUCCGUGCUCUGUCUGUCGUUUUCUCCCUCCUCCUCCUCUUUGCUGUGUUCAGGUAGUUUGGAUGGGGAGGUCAGGUUGUGGUCAGUUCCUACGGUGUCCUGUGUGUGGUGCUGUCAGGCUCACCGCGGCUCUGUUGCAGAGAUCAGUUUUCUGCCUGAUGGAGAGACGCCGCUGAGCGCCGGACGAGACGGAACGGUGCAGCUUCGUGGCCUUGUUUAUUGCUACAGCGGUGCUGUCCGCGCCUUAGCGAGGGGACGUGACGGGCGUUUUUUCUCGGUAUCUGAUGACCGCACUCUCAGAGCAUGGAGCGUCACUCCAGAAAGACGUCUUAAAGAGAAGGAUUUCUUGAGUGCGGCCUGCUUCCUAGAGAAAGGUGAACUGCAGGCGUGUGGUUUCAGAUCAGGCAAACUGGAGUUAUGGCAUCACAACUCGCUGAUUUACUCCAAAAAGGUUAAUGACAGCUGUAUUCGGGCAGUGACCGGUAUGCCGGAUAAACAGCUGGCUGUGGGCUGCAGUGACCACUCUGUGUCUGUGUGGAAGUUUGACUUGGACUCUCAGCCCUGCACUGCAGAUCUGUCGAAGGUGUUGUCGUAUUCGGUGAAAUCUCCUGUGGUUCGCCUGCUCUACAAUAACAUCCUGCUGGGAGUUUAUGUUGACUCCUGUAUCAGUGUCAUCACCUCUAAAAUGAUAGAUAGUAUCAGAUUCAAUCAGGACUGGACGAAUAACACACGACCUCUGGGGGUCGCGAAGAACGAUGAAAAGAGCAUAUGGGUUCUAGGAGAACAUAAAUGUGAACUCCGGCUCAUCUUCACCCUCUCUGUAGUUUCCGACAAACACUGGCAAACGUCUUUCUGUGACGUUCAGCUUGGUGGAGAGAAAGACAGCGAUGGUGAAGAGGAUGAAGAGGAGUCUAAGUCUAAAGGGUCAUGUGAGGAGCCAAAUAAGGAGGUGCAUGAAGAAACGUUUGUGAAACAGUCUGAGGAGCCACACGAGGAGAGGCAAGACGGAACCUGUGAGGAGCAGUCUGAGGAGACAUCUGAGGAAGUAUGUGAGGAGCCACAUAAAGAAACACAUGAGGAACAGUCUGAUAAGGCGUGUGUAGAACCAUGUGAAGAAACGCAUGAGGAACAGUCUGAGGAACAUUGUGAGGAAUAUAAACCAAGGAAAACGUUGAUUUCAGCUGCAGCUAUGCAUAGAGGGUUUAUUGUGUGUGGAGAUGUCAGAGGGUACAUGUGGUCCUACCAGCCACCAAGCAUGACCUCGAGUGAAAAAAGACAAGCUCACAGUGACCAGGUCAGCGUGCUUCGCCUCACAGAUAGAGCCAUUAUCUCUGCCUCUUACGAUGGGACUGUCAAACUGUGGGACAGAAACACAAAGAAACAGGUGGGUCUGUUUGUUUGUGGGGCUCCGGUGGAGAUACUGGAGGUGAACGAGGAUGACCCCGGUCAGCUGAUGUGCGGAGAUGCCUUGGGGCAGGUCUACUUCCUGUCCUGGACUGGGUGAAGCCCCCCAACGCCUUUACAUUCAGGCUGCAGACACGCCCCCAGCUAGUUAAUCAUGGAUAGUACACUAUACACUAUAAGUGUUCCUGCAGCUCAUUUUGCCGUUUACACUAGCAUUCAAGAGUUUGGGGUUAUAUUUACAGGCUUUAUGUAUUUUCUCUACAAUAAUAACUAUAGUGAUUUUAGGGAUGCACAGGUAAUGAAUUUAUAUGGGUGAUUCUGAUUAUUUAUCCUCAACAAAAACAUUAAUGGGCCAAGUAUUGAGCCUUGAGGUACGCCACAUGAAAAAAUAUUUGAAAUCAGUGAAUAAUUACUCCAUGAGUAUUAUUUACAAUGACAACUUACACAAACAUGCUGUUUCAAUACCUUCAUUCCCCACAAUGCACUUUAAAACACGCAGCCCCUCCCAAAAAAGUGCUUUUCAUUUAAAACUUUAAUGAAAUUUAGUGUUAGAAAAUGUUGAAGCCCAGAUAUUUUAUCCUUGUUAUAUACAGUAUGUGGCUUGGGGUGAAGCCCCCCAAUGCCUUCAGGCUGCAGACACGCCCCCAGCUAGUUAAUCAUGGAUAGUGCACUAUACACUGUAAGUGAUGUUCUCAGGGUUCCUGCAGCUCAUUUUGCCGUUUACAAUAGCAUUCAAGAGUUUGGGGUUUCUUUACAGCCAAACUGACUGAUUUUUAUUAACUUCUUCAAACCUGAAGCUGUUUGGACUAUUGAACACAUGAAACACACGAGCACAUUUCCAGCACUUUCUAUUACACAAAAUCACAAUAUAAAUAAGUUUUUGUUCUUUAAGGGGCCACAUUAAAAGUAAGAAGCAAUUGGCUAUUUAGCACAAUGAGUAUAAAUAUAUUAUGACACUAUUAUUGUUGUUAUACUAUGUACUGUAAGUACAAAACAGCAGUUUAAAUUCCAGCUUCUAUUCUUUU